UGUUGGAAAAUGGCUUAACAAUCAUAAACAAUCCAAUGACAGCUUUUUUAUUUGUUUAUGAUUCUUUCGUUUAUUUUGCUCUGUUUUUUUUUCCUCUUUCACACAUCAUUCUUAACAUCACCAACAGCUCUAUUGCUGACAGCUGAUGAUUCAGUUCGUUUUUCAACUUGCAUAAACCAGAUUACACUUUGUAUUUUCCUGUUUUCUAUUUCGUAGUGUCUUCAAUAGAGAAUGCAAAUAAUGUAAAUUGGAGAAAAUCGUGUAUUAGUUAUAAAGUUAAGUAACAAGUAAACGGUAGUUUAUAAAGAUUGUGUGCUUCUGCGAGUAAGAAGUUAUAAAUACUUUCAUAGACCUACAAAUAAAUUGUGUUCAGUAAGUUACUGACCAAAAUUGGGUACUCUAUUUUUUUGUGGGCGUUCGUGUGAGCAAAACACACAUAUUGUCGCGUUCAGCCGCUGAAGAACCUGUAGCUGGCAUAAUUGAGAUGAACCAGCAGCCAGUUGAGAGGCGAAAUGGUGGGGGUGAGACCGCUGCAAGUGAUGAGACGGCACCAAUUGCUUCACAUCGUAGCGGCGGGCCUUCCUCAAUGUUUCGUUCUUUCGGCUCAUUGUUUGGAGCCAACAACAACAGUGUUGGCGGGAGAGGUAUACAUUCUCCUACGAAUACGGAUGUUCAUGGAUAUGUAGAGUUUGGCAUGCAGGACCCCGAUCGAAGCGGUCGCACGCUGGGCACUUUUGCAGGCGUAUUUAGCCCAGUAGCAUUGUCAAUGUUCAGUGCUUUAGUCUUCAUACGUGUGGGCUUUAUUGUCGGCAAUGCUGGUCUUUAUGUGACGCUACUGCAAUUUGUUAUCGCAUACUUAAUUCUCUUGUUUACCGUUGCUUCAGUAUGUGCAAUAUCCACUAACGGUGCCGUGGAAGGAGGUGGCGUCUAUUUCAUGAUAAGUCGCACCUUAGGCCUGGAGUUUGGCGGUUCGAUUGGUACGCUUUUCUUUCUUGCCAAUGUUGUUGGUUGUGCCAUGGCUAUAUCUGGUUGUACCGAGGGCAUGAUGGAAAACUUUGGCGACGGCGGAUAUUUUACACAUGACAGUAAAGGCUUAUUACCUGAUGGCACAUGGUGGCGUUUUCUUUUUUCCACAAUAAUCAAUACAGCAAUGUUGGUUGUGUGUUUGAUCGGUGCGGCACUCUUUGCUAAGACGUCGGUAUUAAUUUUGGGUAUUGUGUCAAUAUGUUUGUUAGCCACAUAUAUAAGUUUUCUAGCUGAAGGCCCAAAGGAAAUUGAUCGCCCUAAAGAAAAUAAAAUCUAUAAUCUGACGGUGAAACUGCCAUAUACUGGUAUAGACAGUAAUACGUUAAUGGGCAAUCUGUAUCCACAUUAUGUAGAAGAUUACACUUCGAAUGGUAAAAUGGUUGAUUUUGCCACAACAUUUGGUGUGUUGUUCGCUGGUGUGACCGGCAUCAUGGCCGGUGCAAAUAUGUCAGGCGAAUUGAAGAGCCCAUCGAGAAGUAUACCAACAGGCACCUUAUCGGCCGUUUCCUUUACUUUCGUUUCUUACAUUUUAUUGUCAUUCCUGAUGGCAUUUACCACACCAGCCGUAACCAUGCAAAAUAACUAUCUCUUCCUUAUGCCGGUCAACUUUUGGCCGCCCUUUACAGCCAUUGGUAUACUUACAGCUACAUUUUCUACUGGUCUAAGUAAUCUAAUUGGUUCAAGUCGUAUAUUGGAAGCACUAUCAAAAGAUCAAGUAUUUGGUUCGCUUUUGAAUUUCGUAUUACGUGGCACAUGGAAGGGUAAUCCUGUGGCGGCAGUGUUUACAAGCUGGUUGCUCGUAGAAUGCAUUCUAUUAAUUGGUUCGUUGAAUACAAUUGCACAGGUCAAUUCAGUAUUAUUUAUGCUUUCCUAUUUGGCAACCAAUUUGGCUUGUUUGGGCAUCGAGUUAACUGGUGCACCGAAUUUUCGUCCACUCUUCAAAUAUUUCACUUGGCAUACCUGUCUGAUUGGUUUGCUUGGCACACUCAUAAUGAUGUUCGUGAUAAAUCCAAUAUACGCGUCGUCGAGUAUUAUUUUGUGUUUAAUUUUGGUGAUAGCGCUGCAUUUGUUUUCGCCAGCUUCACAAGGUGCACAGUGGGGUUCUAUUUCGCAAGCGCUCAUGUUUCACCAGGUACGCAAGUACUUGCUAAUGUUGGAUUCACGAAAGGAUCAUGUUAAAUUCUGGCGCCCUCAAAUGUUAUUGCUGGUGUCAUCGCCUCGUUCAUGUUGCCCUCUUGUCGACUUUGUUAAUGACAUGAAAAAGGGUGGCCUCUACGUAAUCGGACAUGUAAAGGUGGGUGACUAUACAGCCGUCGUAGAUCCAACGAUCGAAGAAAACAAAUAUUGGCUCUCAUUCGUGGAUCAUAUGAAAGUGAAGGCCUUUGCUGAAGUGACAUUAGCCAAAUCCAUACGUGAAGGUGUACAACAUCUAAUACGUUUAUCCGGUAUAGGUGCAAUGAAACCGAAUACAAUAAUCUUAGGUUUCUAUGACAGUGAAACGCCAAGGGACUUCUUCGAGGCUGGCACUUCGCCUUAUAAAACCGAAGGAUUUAAUCAUGGCGAAAUUCAAAACUUUCCAAUUCGUCGUGAUGGUGAAGAGAAACAUAUUGAUGUUGCGGAAUAUGUUGCGAUUAUGAGCGAUGUGUUGCGUAUGAAGAAGAAUUUAUGCUUGUGUCGACACUUUCAUCGUUUGGACAAAAACUUUAUUGCCAAGAGCAAACACUUAAGAUAUAUAGACGUUUGGCCAAUAAACGUUUUCAAUCCAAAUUCAAAUAAUCCUUUCGAUGUAGUCUCACUAUUCAUGAUGCAACUAGCCGUGAUAAUAAAUAUGCUUGCCAAAUGGAAACAUUUACGUUUGCGCGUUUUUCUCUGCGAGUCUAAUAAUGCAAUUUCGAAUAUAAGUUCUUUUGACACACAAUUGCCACAGUUGGAUGCUUUUUCCAGAAUGAAACUGGAACAAUCACUGAAGAGUUUACGUAUUGAGGCAGAUAUCAUUGAGAUUCAAGAAUGGAACAGCGAUUCGGACUUUACAAGCCAUUCGCGCAUACUGAAACAAUUCACAAGUCAUGCCGACGAAGAUCAUGAAGUUAUCACUGAGGAAAAUAUCAAUCGCUCACUACUUUAUAUGCAAAGAGCCAAUCAAAUAAUACGAGAACGUUCUGACCAGACAGCUGUUUCCUUCAUAUAUUUGGCUGCACCACCACAAAUAGGCACACCUGACUUUAGAGAGCGCAGUGCCCGUUAUAUUGAGCUACUUACAGAGUUGACUGCCGAAUUACCGCCGACUAUACUGGUGCAUGGCAUAAGUACAGUUACGUCGACGACGCUUUAAAUUUACAAAUAUCCGACUGUUUAGGUGUAGCACACUAAAAAUUACUGCUACUCUAAUGGUCGUAACAAUUGGCGAAUGAAAGUACAUUACAUUUUGUAAUUUUUAAAACUUUUUUUAAAUUUUUAAAUUUUUUUUACACUUUCAUUUAUAUUUUAUUUGUCGCUCUUCCCAAUUUUUUCAUAUAAUAUGAACAAUUUUACAAAUAUUGAGAUAAUACAUUUAUAAGUCGGCAGCAUUUGAAUG